CCCGAAAGCUAUGGUACGCUAUGAGAGAGAUGUCCGUGUUCUAUGCCUCAACUCCAGACCAUCGUUUGCUGUUCGAUCCCCGGGCCUUUCGCUUUGCAAAUCAACUGACGGAAAGGAUGGACUUCCGGUUCCUUCCAUGCUGGCAAUUGAGCGCCGACGAUCUUGAACAUGGAAACCAUCCCCCAUGAGCCGAAGUUGACCGUUCCAUGCGCGAGCUCGAACCCGCCAGACAUGUCGCAUAACACCCCCUGUUAACAACAGAGUGUUGCAUCGGAUCACUACGCCCUGCUCCUGUACAUUAUGCGGCGGCUUGGAUUAAUUACCGGGUAGAAGAAGGACUCUUGACAAGCGAAUUACCAUGUUUCCCUUCGCUCAUCGUCUCUCUUCGCUUCUUCGCGGCAGUACUCAUCUUUCCUGCGGCCCAAGAUGGACUUCAGUUCGCGCCGCGUCCCAUCUGCUACCGUAGACGACGGCGCUUCCAUUCGGUCCCGGACCUACCACGACUCAACCCAUCGGUUGCGGCCGGCCGAGUCACACUUCUCGCUGCGAGAGCAAUUCGCCGCCACGAGAAGGGAGUACGAGUUCGGCUUCGACGAUGGCUCGUCCGUCCUCGCACAGUCAACCCUAGCUUCGGAGGCCGCGCAGGUCGAUGACCUUCACGAUAUUGUCACUGUCGAGUCGAAUUCACGCACCUUCCCUGACAGCAGACUGGUUUACCGAGACUGUUAUGAGUUGUUCUGCUUGCCCAGUGGGCCGUCUUUGUCCCCUGAGCAGGUUCAAGAAGCAGCACGCCGUCUUAAUCGUUUACUCGCCGUCGAUACACAGCCCCCCCAGCUGCAAAGUGCAGCCGCUUUUUACCUGGGCCUGGUGCAAGCAGCAUAUGUGACGUUGAUUGAUCCUUCCAGGAGGCUAGGCUACGAUCUCUCGAGGCUUGAAGAGGCCUGCUCGGACUGGGACAGCGAGGAGGAAACCGUUGGCGAAGUGGAACUUGCCAACUCAGGGAGCAGUAGCACUUACAAGAGCAGGCUUCACGACCAAUAUCUCCUCCUGACCCAGCGGGAGUCGCGAGCUACUUCAGACUUGGGUCUUCGGAUCGACGCUUGCUCUCAGCGGCAUGGUGCCGGGUUAGCCGUCCUGGACCUCUGCCUCCGCAAAUCUGCCACUGUCAGUGUACCUGCGCUGCGGUGGCCGAUAGAGAGGACUGUGUACAUGCUUCGGGGCCUGACUCAGGCACCGGGUUCCGAGACGACAAGUCCUCUUCGUCUGGCAGACCCGUCAGUAACCAUCUCAGGAUUAGCCCAUGGCCUGUUGGAUGAGCCCUUCAAGCUCGCCUCACUCUCCACGAACCGCUACCAGCCGCCGGGUCCUCCAAUCCAUGGACCAAGACGCAUGGAGCAGCUGCUGGCGUCCCGAUUCCUUCCUGUUCUGAGCUUGAACGUUCGUGAGGAAGUCUCCUGGCAGCCAGCUGCCCAUCGCGAGCCGCUCCCAGACCUCGUUGUCGAGCAGGAAGUGGAAAUCCUUCCCCAACUCUGUGCGAUUACCCGAAUAGGCCGCUCGAUCAAUCUGCUGGGGAGCGGUUGCCCACUCAACGUCGAAGUUUCCGCUCAUAAGCUUCUUACUAGGAGGAACGAUCUGUUGCCGAGUCUAGGGCUUGCUGUCCAUCAGCGAGUCGGUGCCGGAACGGCCUACAUUCUCAUGGACGGGGGCGAUUGGAACCUCCGGAUAUCGAGAAAGUGCAGAGAAGUGUUUGAGUUCUCCAAAAUCUCAAGGGGCGUCGUUCCAGUUCUCGAUGCCUUCUGGAAUCCGCCCACCUGUGAAAUUGGCUAUGCUUUUUGCAGACACGACCUCGGCAUGCAGCCCGGACAAGCCUUCACAAAGCCGUCUGAACGGGGUCUUUCGAGCCUCGACUGCGACUUGGACGAGAACAAACCCAGCUCCUGGACCAUCUCAGGUGGCUUGACACAAGGCAACGCCGCAGCGUACCUCCGCUACAGUCGCCAUCUCUUCUCUCCUCCCACCUCCAGACCGUCCUCCUUGGGCCGCCACAACGAGACCGGUUUCCGCGCUGAAGCAGAACUAGCCGGCACCACACACCGCGACUUCGUCCUCGCCUUCCGCGCGCUAAAAUGCAUCGGCCGCUUCUCCAAAGCCGGCGUGGAAAUAGGUCUCUCCCCAAGCAACCUGCACCUCUCCCUCUAUUGGUCCCGCCUCGGCCAACGCAUUAGUUUGCCAAUCCUAGUAGCCGCGCCCCACCAAUCCAGCCUCACCACCAUCAUUACCAGAGUCCUCUUUUUGUCGACCGUCCUCCCCUUUACCGCCCUCUCCGCAUGGGAGCUCUACCGGCAUUCUCAGCGCCAUCGGGCUGCUGCCAAGACCCUGACGACGACGACAACAACAACAGGAGCCGAAUAUCAAGAAAACAACGAAAAAGUCCAGGCAUAUGUCGCCCGGCGGCGGGCCGAAGCGGACGAGUUGACCGUGAUACUCGCGACGGGCGUCGAGCUGCGGCAGCGAGCGGAGCGCGGGCGCGGCGGGUUGGUGAUUGUCAGCGCCAAGUAUGGGGUCAGGGACGCGCCGCCUGAGGAGGUGGCCGAUGUCACGAUUGCGGUGGCGGCGCUCGUGGAUAAUCAUGAUGACGAUGACGAUGAUGAUGAUGAUCAUGAUGAUGGUGGUGAGGGCGCGAGGUUGGUUAUCCCCAAGGAGGUGAGGAAGAGCAGGUUGCUUGGGUUUUGGGAUCCGGCGCCGGGUAGGACUAAGGUGUUGAGGGUUAGGUAUUUGUGGCGGGGGAGGGAGGGAGAGGUUGAGGUUUGUGGGCGGGAUGAGCUGAGGUUGCCUUAAGACAGGGUCAUUAGCUGGUGUGUGUAUGCCGCUUUUGCUGGUGGAUAGCCAUGAUGGUGGAGGGAGGGGCUGACCUUUGUUACUGCGUAUAACGGGAUAGGAGAACAAAAGUGUAGGUCCAUUAAAGUUAGCUGCAUGGUCAUCCCUCAUAUACCGGCAGUUAUUCACCGAAAAUACGUGCUUCAUAGACAGGCUUGAGGCGAGGGCUUCUUUUGGAUUAGGGCACAAUCAUAUACAGAUCCCUUGAAGUUUCGUGU